GGUCCUUUUUGCACAAACAUUACAAGAAGUGCUGAAGCUUCUUUCACCCUGCCGCAAUGAAGCGUCUUUUUGGGGCACCAAAGCAGGCUCCUGUUGCUGGUCCAGCUCCAAGCCUUCAAGAUACUUCGGCGCGUAUUGACACCCGCGUCACAGAGCUUGAGAAAAAGAUUGCAAAGUGUGAUGAGGAUCUCCGCCGAUAUGUGGGCGCAAAGUCGGGUCAGCAGAAACAGCUCGCGCUCCAGUGUUUGAAGAGGAAGCGAAUGUACGAGCAGCAACGCGACCAGAUUCUGGGGACCCAGUUCAACGUGGAUUCAUUAGCCGGAGCGCAAGAACAGGCUGAGAUAAACGUCAUGACGGUAGAAGCCAUGAAAGCUGGUCACCAAGAUUUGAAAGAAAGAUACACUCAAAUCGGUGGUGUCAUGGACAUCGAGCGCUUGAUGGACGAUAUGGCUGAUCUCAAUGAUGAAAUAUAUGAUAUUAAUGAGGCCAUUUCUACCUCGUAUGCUGUUCCAGACGGCUUCGAUGAGGCCUCUUUUGAAGCUGAGUUCAGUGCUUUAGAAGAGGAGAUGAAGAUGGAAGCUUUAGCAGGAAUAAACUCUUCAUCGGCAAAGCCUUCGUACUUGCCAGAGGCGGAGAAGCCUGCGGAGGAGCCUGCUCCUGUUGCAGAGGCUUCUCGAACCUAAGCACGGCAUGCUAGCGGAGGGAACAUGAGCAGUUGCGGGUUGCCGCUCCUAGGGUUGGCAAACAUUUGCACCAGCAUUUGCACCUUGUUGCUCUUUGGACGAGAUGCAAUGUCACUUGUUAAUGGAAAUUUGAAAUGGUGCUUCCUUGAAGAAGGAAGUUUGCUGUACAGACAAUGAGAGAACAGGCUUCUUUUGGUAGUCAUUGCCAAGAAGUGCAUCAAAAA